UUUGCUAGUAGUGACUUUAACUACGUUCAGCUCCCACCUUUUCCAAACCUCACUUCUUUUCCGUUUUAAUCCCUAAUCAAGAUCAUGAAGGUCGCCAGUGGCAGCGCCACAGCCGCCGCGGGUCCCAGCUGUGCGCUGAAGGCGGGCAAGACUGCGGGCGGCGCGGGCGAGGUUGUACGCUGUCUGUCCGAGCAGAGCGUGGCCAUUUCGCGCUGCGCGGGCGGCGCCGGGGCACGUCUGCCGGCUUUGCUGGACGAGCAGCAGGUGAACGUGUUGCUCUACGACAUGAACGGCUGCUACUCGCGCCUCAAGGAGCUGGUGCCCACCUUGCCCCAGAACCGUAAGGUGAGCAAGGUGGAGAUUCUCCAGCACGUUAUCGACUACAUCAGAGACCUACAGUUGGAACUGAACUCGGAAUCCGAAGUCGGGACUCCAGCUGGCCGUGGGCUGCCGGUCCGGGCUCCGCUCAGCACCCUCAACGGCGAGAUCAGCGCCCUGGCAGCCGAGGCCGCAUGUGUUCCAGCGGAUGAUCGCAUCUUGUGUCGCUGAAGCGCCUUCCCCAGAGACCGGCGAACCCCAGCUCUUCAUGGGGCAAGAGAAAUAAGUGUUCUCGGGUCCACCGAGGCUCCUCUCCGGAACUAGGGACAACAAGACAGAUUGGGAGCCAUUGGGCUCUUCCUGGAUCCAGCCCAGGGCUGGUGGACUGAGGAGGAGAGGCCCGACCUUCUUGCCACACUUACCAGUCACCAGAGACUUGAGGGGGGAAUCUCCCCCGUGUGUUUCUAUUUUUUGAAAAGCAGACAUUUUAAAAAAUGGUCACGUUUCGUGCUUCUCAGAUUUCUGAGGAAAUUGUAUUGUAUAUUACAAUGAUCAUCGACUGAGAAUAUUGUUUUACAAUAGUUCUGUGGGGGUGUGUUUUUGUUGUUGUUAUUAAACAAAUAACUUUAAAUGGUAAA